UUAAAAAUGAAAAAUAAUUUCGUAAUCGGUUUAAUAAAUGUGAUUUUUUAUUGUGCAUUCUUCACAAAUAAUUCAAAUGCACAACGGAUAACUACAAUACAAUUAGAAGGAACACAAUAUUUCAUUAGUAAAAUGAAUCCAUACGCACCAGCAUUGAAUUAUUAUUUAGCUUAUCAAUAUUGCCGAUCAAUUGGUUUACAAUUAGUUUCAUUUGAAACAAUGGAAAAAACUAAAGCAAUGUCUAAUUAUUUGAAAAAUGCAGGGUACACUACAACGGACUAUUGGACUGCUGGUAAUAAAUUAGGUACAAAUAUGUUGAUUUGGAUGAGUACUGGUCUACCAUUUAAUUCAACAUUUAAUAUGAUGAGAAAUCAAAAACAAGAGCGAUCAUUUUCAGCAAGACUUGGAGGUAGAAGUGUUGAAAGUGCACCAGGUGCAAAUUGUGUUGCAUUAACGAAACCAUUAAUGGAAUGGGAUGUAUUUGAUUGUAUGGCAACAAAAGAUUUUAUCUGUGAACAGACACGAUGCUAUUAUUAUAAUUACGGUGCCAUCCCCGUGACCGCUUCACAGGGAACAACCACAAUUUCUCCACCAUCUACUACAAUUUAUUCAUCAAAUACCAUUUCUCCUGAUGCCAGUAAACCAAUUCUACAACAACAAAGUACACCAGAAGAUUUAGACAGUACAACAACAUAUCGUCCAACAACAUGUGCUUAUUCAACUGGUAAUGAAACUUCUGCAAAUGAUUGUGGUGAUGAUGAAAUACUAAUUGUUACAUCGAAAACACCCUCCGAGUCAACAAAAUCAAACGAGACUACCAAAAUUAAUACUCAAAAUGAUAAAUAUGAAACGGAAAAAUCGGAAAAAAUUGAAUAUCGUACUCUGGGACCGUAUGAAAACAAUAAUAAUGAUGCGGCUUAUGAUGAUUAUGAGACAGAUGAUGAAUCUAUCAGGUUGUUACAUAACGAAAAAAAAAUCAGAUUAAACCAUCAAUAUCGAACAAAAACUAAACGUGAAUCUAAACAAAAUGAAUAUUAUUCUACAAUUGUACCAGAUAAUAUUAAUAUCUUUUAAAAAAUGUUCAAAAAUAUCAAAUCAAAAGUUUUUCGGCGUAAAAUACAGUGUUUUUGUAAGCAAAAGAAUAGACCUAGCAGUUAUCAAAAAAACUAUUCAAUUUAUUCAGUUUAAAAAAAAAAAA